AUGAGCGACACUGGCGCAGCUCCAAUCACGCCGUUGAGCGAAAUAUCUGUCAACGUCGCAAAAGUCCCAGCGGCGGCUUUCCGAGGGCCUCAGCCACCAGCAGAGCCCGAAAUGGACUGCGACCCGUCGGCACACUGGAAAACCAUCUUGUCUCCGGUGGCGGAGGAGUCCCCCAGUCCACGAAAGAAGAAACGCAUUGAUGAUGACCUCCUCGUCAGCUAUUCGCCUCGCAACACCCCGAGCCGUCCCGUGAGCCCUGGCAGCCUCAAGAUGCAGAGCUUCCUGCGGAGACUGGAGCGGCAGGGUCUCUCUCACGACUAG